CUGAAAACAACUCGGUCGCAUUGAAGUGAAAGGUCGAACACAUGGUUUGGGGGAGUCAGAUAAGAAAUGUACUCGGUGUCGAGAGGACCAACUGAAGACAGCUUGUGUGUGAAGAUAAUGAAGAAGAGCCUCCCCCCAUCACACACAACCCUGGCCUGUCAGACAGUUGUUCAGCUUGAACGGAGGAGACACUGCUGCUGCGUUCAAAGUGUCUCACAGAGCUAUGGGGGACAAAGAGCAGUCUACUGGAGGGCCUCAUUUCGUGGGGACUAAAGAUGAACUGAUUGCAGCGAAGCGCUCGUUCAGAACACUGGAGGGUCGGGACAUACUUAUCAUCUACCAACAGGGGGUCUUCUAUGCUUUGGACUCUUACUGUUAUCAUGCUGGGGGGAUGCUGCAGAAUGGAGACAUUGAGGAAAUAGAUGGCAAGCUGUGCAUAAUUUGUCCAAAUCACAAGUACAAGAUCUCCCUUGCCAAAGGGGAGGGCAUAUACAAGGGCACCGACCCCAGGGAAAAGCCACCUGUGCCCAGAUGGUACUCCAAGGGUGUGAAGCAGCGGACCCACACGGUCACAGAGACCGACGGGGGAGUCUACGUCAAGCUCUCCACGGAAACAGACUGGAUCGACUCAGACUACUACCAGGGAGAAAAGGGCAAAGUGGAAAGGGCCAAAGCCAUGGCUGCUGAGAAGAAAACCUCCUCAUGAGGAGGCAGAUAGAUGCAGAUGCCAGUCUCUUUUUUUAUCUCCCCAAACUUCCUGUAAAGGAUGUGUGUAUACAGAGGAUGUCAGUUAUCUUUAAACACUUGAAUCUUUACGUCGGGAGAAUCUGGAGUUUUUAAUUGUUUAAA